AUGAGGUUCAUGCACCAGCUGGUUUGGCCGCUGCUAGCUUUAGUCCUGGUGACUAUCGUAGUAGCACAAGAUUCAACAUCGCCCGUCGCUACCAGUACAACCAACCAGGCUUCAUCAACAACGUCUACCGGGAUCGCGACGCACACCAUUCAAGUUGGCCCAAAGUCAGAUCCACAUCAGUAUGUGCCGACCAACAUCACAGCGAAUGUGGGGGAUGUUGUCGUCUUUGAGUUUUAUCCAACGAACCAUUCUGUCGUGAAGGCAGACUAUCUGUCACCCUGUGUGCCAGCAAAGUUGCCCUUCUUUUAUUCCGGAGCCUUUGAUGAUUUCAAUCUGAGGGAUGGACAACUUGUUGGGCCGCCCGCAUUCUUUUAUUGCACAGCAAUAGAUUCUUGUCAGAAGAAUGGCAUGGUUGGCGUCAUUAAUCCGAAUUCAACACAGACCUGGGAAUCACAGUACAACGCGGCCCUCAAGUAUCCAUACAUGACACUACCAGGGCAGCCGUUGCCAGCAGAAGGCAGUGGUGGCAGCAGCUCCGACUCGGGUUCAAGCAACGAUCAGUCCGGGGGCAAACACGGUCUCAGCACGGGUGCUAUUGCGGGUAUAUCCGUCGCGGGUGUAGUAUUCGUGGCGAUCCUGGUGGCUUUGUUCUUUGUUCUCGGUCGAAACCGCGUAUACUCCCAGUGGGUGUCGUCGCAAGACGGUCGGACAGAACGUACCCGGCGAUGGGCCUUGUUCAACCACGACGACCAAUUGAGCAACAGCAAUCGCAAGAGUGAAAUUGGGAGUACUGCCCCGAAGCCAGGCCAUAUCGAUAUUAGCGCGGUGUCCAGCCCGGACCCCACGGUCCGAACAUUCUCACCGGGAAUGGAAAAUGUUUCCGGGCACGGUGGUUCUCCGGCGACACAACAAGGUCAUUGGAGUUGGAACGAGCCCCCUGUGCCAGCACGCGCAUAUGGUGCUCCCACAGAGUUGGAGGGACAUCCGAUUAUCUGGGAAGCUCCAGGCAGUACGCCUGGUGGACGGUUCUGA